UAUAUAUAUAUUUAAAUAAUUAUGUAAAUAUAAAUGCUUAGAUAUGUUGUUUUAAGACAAGAUUACGCAUAAAACAUCACAUCUAUAUGAAUUACUUUACUCUAUGUACAUGCCUUUUGUUGAUUGUAAUUUCUGCAGAAGAAAUACACUCAAUUUUGUGUUAUGUUUGCGAUAAUUGCCCGAAAAUUACCAAUUCAACAAAAGUACAAUCAAAUUGUCGUCGAUGUUUAUUAAAUUACCCAAUCAAUACAACUCAACCGGGUAUUGUGAAAAGGUCAUGUGCUCAAACAUGUCCACUAGUAACAUGGUCGGCAUUUCGUAAACAAAAGGUGGUGUGUUGCAAGAAAGAUCUAUGCAAUUCAGUUGAUAAACAGACGCACACUAAUCUGUUCUUUGUAUCUGCACUAUCAGUAUUAGUGAUAGCUUAUUCAUUUAUAUUUGAUAAACUUUGUUUAAAAAUAGACUAAUUUAAAUUGGAUGUAAAAAAAAUGUUUGACACACUUAUUUUUUAAAAGUAUUGUAUAAAUCAUUUUAAAUGAAAAGUGGUAAAUUUUAAAAUUGCAUAACGUUUUGUCAUUGUAAAUGUGUGUAUAUUAAUGAAAUAACUCAAAUAUCU